AUGGGCAUCUGCUGUCCUCAAGAAGUACAGAAAAUACAGAUGCUCCUCCAACCUUUGCAAGGUGUGCACAAAGUUUCUGUAAUGGUGCCUUCGAAGGCGGUCAUUGUUCUACACGAUGCUCUUUCAAUUCAGCCUUCAGAAAUUGUUAAUGUUUUGAAUGAUGCGAAAUUAGAUGCGAGUCUGAGGGUUUUUGGGCAAGUGAGAAGUGGGAAGAGAUGGCCUAAUCGGUAUACGCUGGGCUCUGGAUUCUUUCUGGCAAUUGCCCUGUUCGGUUAUUAUUAUCAUCCCUUGCGCUUUGUUGCUCUGGCGGCCAUAGCUGUGGGCAUUCCGCCAGUACUGCAAGGAGGUUUGGCGGCCAUUCCGGGGUUUAUUAUCGACAUAAAUGUACUCAUUAUCCUUGCAGUGGUAGGCGCUAUUGGAUUGAGGGACUAUAUAGAAGGAGCCACCAUUGUCUUUCUCUUUAUAUUGGCGGCUUGGCUUGAAUCUAGAUCUGCCGACAAGGUUCAAGGUUUUUGUUUGGAAUUAGCUUUUGUUUUCAGUGCACUUUUCUCAAUUUGGAGAUUUAGGUUUCAAUAUCUAGCUGUUUCAAGCUCGAAUAGCUUUGUCGGCUGUGACGAAUCUGCUGAGAAUGUGGAAAUUAACACCGUUUUGGCUGUGAAAGCCGGUGAAAGCAUUCCUAUAGAUGGCGUUGUGAUAUCUGGUACAAGCUCUGUAGAUGAAAGUAGCUUGAUAGGUGAAUCUGUGCCCGUGGAAAUGGAAGUGGGUAAGGCGGUGUGGGCUGGUACCACGAAUCUUACAGGGUAUUUAAGUGUAAAGACUGUAGCCAAGGCAUAUGACUCUAGAGUGGCAAAGAUGGUGAAUCUUGUGGAGGAAGCCCAAAACCAACAGUCCCACACGGAGCAGGUUUUACAGCGAUUUGCCAAGUACUAUACCCUAGUGGUUGUACUAUUGGCAAUAGCAGUAGCAAUAGUGCCAUUAUUCAAGCGAUCAUUGAAUGCUCAUAAAUAUGCAUACAAAGCUCUCGUUCUUCUACCAUCUGCAUGCCCCUGUGCUCUUAUAAUCUCCACCCCUGUCACUACUACUUGUGGCUUGGUAAAUGCUGCAAGGAUUGGCCUUCUUAUCAAAGGUGGAGUGAUUCUAGAAGCCAUGGGAAAACUCAAGGCCGUAGCUGAUAGGGAGGCUACCUAA